GAAUUUGUUUCCUUUUCUUUCUUUAUUUUGAUUCCUAUAUAAACAGAGAAUGUGAAAGUCUUAAACAUAGUUUCUGAAAAAAAAACAUCUUUUCUCCAAAUAACAAAAUCUACUAAAGUAAUAUGUGGAAUCAAAAGCCUAGCUUCAGGUUUGAGAUAGAUAACUUCUCGGAAAAGAAAGAUCGCAUACUAUCUCAGACAUUCGUGGCUGGCGGAUACGAAUGGCUUCUUGACGCUUAUCCCAAGGGACGUAAUCUUGCUGAUGAUCACUUUUCUUUGUAUCUGCACGUUGCAAAUUCUACUAUGCUACCUAGUGAGUGGAAAAGGAAUGUUAGUUUUUACUUCGCUCUGUUGAAUCAAUCCGACAAAGAGCUCUGCAGAUCUCACAUUGUAUGCAAAGUGCUUGAUGUUAAGACACCAUCCUGGGGCUUCUCAAAGCUAUUUCCUCUUAGCAAGCUUCAGGAGAACAGUGUUUUGGAGAAAGACAGACUAAUCAUUGAGGUCUACAUUAAUUUGAUUGAAGCUUAUGAUGGAGAAAGAGGAUAUGUAUCAGAGAAGCAGGAGACUGUGGAUAUCAACGGUUUUAAGCUUCUUGCUUCUCAGGUCACUCUAGUGAGGAAGAUAUUCGCAGAGCACCCAGACAUUGCAGUAGGUUUCAAAUCAAAGAACCAAGUGCUGAAGACAGCAUACAUGAAUGUCCUCAUUGGCCUCAUCAAUACACUAAACAAGCCUUCACAUAACCACUCAGAGACUGAGCUAACCAAAGCUGACAGCGAGUUGAGUGAGCUGGAAGAAGUGGGUUUCAAGCUUGACUGGUUAAAGUCAAAGCUUGAGGAAGUUAUAUUGGAGAGGAAGAAAGCAGAUGUUUAUGGUAAUAAGGUCAUACAGCUUGAGGAACGUGUGAAGAAUAUUGAGCAGAUGGAAAAUCAGAUGAAGAGAAAGAUUGUUGAGUGUUUCUUGGAGAGGAAGAAAGCGAAAGAUGAUGGGUCUCGGGUCCAAACACUCGAGGAACGGGUCAAGAACCUUGAGGCGGUGGACUCCAGCUUCAGGAUGGAUUGUCUGAAAUCGAAAUUUGGGGAUGUUUCCUUGGAGAAGAAGCAAUUAGAUGACGCUGAUGGGUCUAGGGUUCAACAACUUGAGGAAAACCUCAAGAAUCUUGAGGGGAUUGUGUCUGAUCUCAAAGUGAAACUGGACGAGGGGAAGGAGAAAUCCUCUUGUGAUGGAUUUUUGCUGGUAGACGACGACGAGGUGGCUUGAUAUAGAUAUCAAGUUGUUAGCUCAUUUAGAAGAUCAACUAUAGUGCUAUGAGUUCCUUUGUUUUAGUGUUUUUCUUGCUUUCUGAAUCCUAAUAAUCUAGAGACUCGGCUUUAUGAUAAAAAUAUAUUAGCUAUAUUGAUGGUUU